GCAAGAGGCGUAGAAUGAUCCUGGAGGAUAGAAAAUGGGAGCCUGAAAUCGGACUUGGGUAUCCCCCGAGGUGUGACUGAGGUGGCGAGCCCGGAUGUUGGAAACCGGAAGUGUCCUGGGGGAACGAUGAUAACGUUACACCGAGCGUGGAGGUGGGGCGGCGCCAGGCUGCCGCCUUCCUCGGUGCCGAGUGGUCCGUUUCCCCUUUGGCGAGGACGGAGCGGGCCUGGCGCUAUGGCUUUCCCUCAGCCGAAGCCGCGGGCCCCGGAGCUGCCCCGGAAGCGGCUGAAGACGCUGGACUGCGGCCAAGGGGCCGUGCGAGCCGUGCGGUUUAAUGCGGAUGGCCAUUACUGCCUGACGUGCGGCAGCGACAAGACCCUCAAGCUGUGGAACCCACUGCGGGGGACGCUGCUGCGGGCGUACAGCGGUCACGGCUACGAAGUGCUGGACGCGGCCGGCUCCUUUGACAACAGCCAUCUCUGCUCCGGCGGCGGGGACAAGGCAGUGGUGCUGUGGGACGUGGCCUCUGGGCAGGUCGUGCGCAAAUUCAGAGGCCACGCGGGGAAGGUGAACACGGUGCAGUUUAAUGAAGAGGCCACAGUCAUCCUGUCCGGCUCUAUUGAUUCCAGUAUCCGCUGCUGGGAUUGCCGGUCUAGGAGGCCCGAGCCCGUGCAGAAGCUGGACGAAGCCAGGGACGGCGUAUCCAGUGUAAAGGUGUCAGACCAUGAGGUCCUGGCAGGCUCCGUGGACGGCCGCGUGAGGCGCUAUGACCUGAGGAUGGGGCAGCUCUUCUCAGACUAUGUGGGCAGCCCCCUCACCUGCACCUGCUUCAGCCGGGAUGGGCAGUGCAUCCUGCUGUCCAGCCUGGAUUCCACCUUGCGGCUUCUGGACAAAGACACCGGGGAGCUGUUGGGCGAGUACACGGGGCACAAGAACCAAGAGUACAAGCUGGACUGCUGCCUGAGUGAGCGGGACACACACGUGGUCAGCUGCUCUGAGGAUGGGAAGGUGUACUUCUGGGACCUGGUGGAGGGUGCCCUGGCGCUGGCCCUGCCUGUGGGUCCCGGUGUGGUACAGUCGCUGGCAUACCAUCCCACAGAGCCCUGUCUGCUAACAGCGAUGGGGGGCAGCAUCCAGUGCUGGCGGGAAGAGGCCUUUGAGGUGGAGGAUGGGGCGGGCUGAGCCCAAGGACCAAGACGGAAGCACCAACAGAGACCAUUUAUUCCAGAGACAGUGUGGGCCAUGGAGUUGGGAGGAGCUUGUGUACAAACUAAUAAAUAAGGGGGCGUGGCCUUCCUGGCUCCUUCC